GCUCAGCCAUCUGACCCCCCUGUCUCUCCCUCCCUCCCUUCCUCUCUCUCUCUAUCUCUCACACAAACACAAAAGGCUAAAUAUAUUUUAUGGGGUACGUUUCAUGUCAAAGCCCCAAGACAGGCAGAGUUCCUCUCUCUCUCUGUUCCCCUCUCUUUCUCCCUUUCCUCUCUCUUUGUUCCCAUGGCAGCAGUAGUAGUAGUUGGGUCGUCUUCCCCGCUCCAUCUCACUCUGCCCCAUGCCCCCCUCUCCGUCUCCCUGAUGGCUCCUGUGAUUGCAUCCAUCCAUCUUACAGUCAAAGGAGAACAAAGAGAAAGUCCCUGGCUCUGUUGUGUCCACCAAGCUAGAUACCCUGCUGAGUAGAGUCAACAUGGGCCUCACAGGCUCACUAGGACUUGGUAGAAGUAUGUGUUUGCGUGUGUGUGUAAAUGUCUGUGUGCAUAUGUGUGUGUACAUGUGUGUCAUUGGUGAACACAGGGGUAAUCUGGAAUGUGUGUGAUCUUGCACAAACGUGCUGGAACUCAAAUAUCAUCUGAAUUAACAUGAGUGAAACUCAGUCACUCUUCUAAUUAAAGAGGAGUGUGUCGAAGUUUGCAGAAGGAAAAUGUUAAAUAUAAUUCUGAAUGUAACUGAUGCCAUAGCAGGGAAUAACAUUAACAUAUCCAGGUCAAAACAUAGCAUUGUUUAGCGUUGCUCAAGUAAACAAAAAAAUUAAGAAAAGAAUGUAACGUUGUUUUCAAUGUAGAUUUCACCAACUGUAAAUACGAAAAGCUACUCAAAGUCUAUCAGAGUGAGUUAAUAUUUGUCUGGUUUCAUGUAUGGAGGAUGUUUUUAGUGAGCGUCUCCAGUGUUGUGAAACAGCAGUGGUGUCAGUUUGGGUGAACUACCUCUUUAACGACAACCUCGUUCAUGCUUUUGCGCAUGUGUGGUAGAAAGCACACGUGUCUCAGCGGCAGGAUGGAGGCGGACAGCCUACAGGGUCCCGGCACCAUGGACGACAACGUCGAUGGAGAAAAUCAGUUUGAACCCUAUUUAAAUUAUCUACGAAAAGAAUUGGAUAAUCAAGACCCAAUUCUUAUCAUCGGAAUUAUUGUUGCAUUGGCAGUAAUUGUCAUCACAUUUGUUUUCCUGAAAUAUUUUGUGAGCAGUAAAACUGUCCGAAGUUCCUUGUUGCUGGUGGGAUUGUGCGAUUCUGGAAAAACCCUCCUCUACAGCCGGCUGGUGUCAGGACAGUACAAGAGGACCCAGACCUCAAUCACCGACAGCAGCGCGCCUUAUAAAGCCAAAAACGACAAGGGCAGCAUCUGGACACUGAUCGACCUUCCGGGUCACGACAGCCUGAGGCCACAGUACUUGGAGAAGUUCAAGUCUUCCGCCAGAGCUUUUGUGUUCGUGGUGGACAGUGCCAUCUUCCAGAAAGAAGUGAGAGACGUGGCAGAGUUCCUCUACUUCCUGUUGACAGACAGCGUGGUGUCUCGGACUGCCCCCAGCCUGGUGGUGGCCUGCAACAAGCAAGAUAUCACCAUGGCGAAGUCAGCCAAGCUGAUCCAACAGCAGCUGGAGAAGGAGCUGAACACUCUGAGGGUGACUCACUCAGCGGCGCUCAGCGCCCAGGAUGGCUCGCUGGCGGGUGGUGCAGUCUUCCUGGGGAGGAAGGGGCGGGACUUUGAGUUCAGUCAGCUGCCCAUGGGGGUGGAGUUUGUGGAGUGCAGCGCCCGUGGGGGGGGCGAGGAGGGGGGUGCAGACAUUGAUGGUCUGGAGAGGAUUCUGUCCAAGCUGUGAGGCCCUCAACAGCACAGGGUCAUGGACAGAUUCUUUUUACCCCCUCCUCCCACGUGUGUGUAUGUGUGUGUGUGUGUGUGCGCGUGUCUUUGGCUGCUCUGAUCCCAAGCUGUAUUACCAACUACAGAACAAUAAACAUUUCUGGUUUCUGACUGAAUUUGUGACAAUUGAGCAUUUAAACAGUCUGCUCUGUGCCUUAUGAGUUACUUCAACAGGGAUGGUGGCGUUCCUCUGAUCUGCAGGAUAAGUUGGCAUGUUUGAGUGGAACAAUGAAUGUAUGGGUCUUAAGAUAGCAUUGCUGUUUUCUGUUUGUAAAUAAAAUGAUUGGCUUAUA